GACACAGCGUCUGUCAACAUGAGUGGGCACUGCUGGGCAGGGAAGCAGCUGGGUGAACGUGAACCGUGACCUGUGAAUAUUGAAAUCAUUUAUUUUUAAUACAGACGAGUUGUUUUUAAACAGGCGUUAAAGUCACGAGCGACCGGUGCUCGCGCUGUUCCCACCACCUGAGAGAAACUACAGGUGUGCUAUGCUAGCGUUAGCUUAAAGCCACUGAGGAGUUAGCUUGGGGGCUAGCUAGGUGGGUGAUGAUAGCAUCUCAGCCGCUGCAUCUUUUUUCCUCUCCCCCACUAUGGACGUCUGACUGUCGGUGAAAUUAGACGUCUCACUGACUGACCCGCGCUGUACGACACACCUAACAUAAGUUUGAAGUGUGUGUUUGACGCAGGUUUCGCUGGUGUUGUGUUGUUAACGUACUAAUGUUAGCUCGCAGAUUCCAGGUCGAGACAGAAAGGUUUCACUGCUCCUUCUGAAGCAGCUAAUGAUGUUUCAUGUUGCUGCUGGAUUUCAAAGUGUGUGAACGAAUCAAAUCAUAGCUACGUAGUGCGUUAUUGUAACUUCUAGCUAGUACGACUUUACUUCUCUCAUGACAGAAACAGCUAUGGCUGUAUGGAUGCUUGAAGCAGGAGAAUGAGUGCGAGUGGGGAAAGAGGAUGCCACCAUCUUUCAUCGAAGACUGUCCAGUUUAACAGAUCCAUUAGCUGACCAACAACUGCUGGAGAGGACUGGGAAACGCGUAGAGUCUGUGUGAGAAGCCACCGCUGUCGACUUUAUUAGUUAGUCUCGUCCAGCCCUUCUGUCCCAUGGAUACUGUUAGUGGUGUCAACAUGCUGUCCCAGCUCGGAGACGUGGCACUGGCAGGUCCCGGGGGAGCAGGGCUGCCCGCUGUGUCCCUAACCAACACGUCGGUGUCCUCCAGCCCGACGCCAGGCACUGAUAACCGAGGGUGUGAGAACGGCGCCUUGAUGGACUCGUUUGGGAUUUUUCUGCAAGGACUUCUCGCUGUGGUGGCGUUCAGCACGCUGAUGUUGAAACGCUUCAGGGAGCCAAAACAUGAGAGGAGACCCUGGAGGAUCUGGUUCCUGGACACCUCAAAACAGGCCAUUGGGAUGCUGUUUAUCCACUUUGCUAAUGUCUAUUUGUCAGACCUCACAGAGGAGGAUCCCUGCUCACUAUACCUCAUUAACUUCCUGUUGGAUGCUUCUCUGGGCAUGUUGCUGAUCUAUGCUGGGGUGAGAGCCGUCAGUGCUAUUGUAGAGUGGAGGCAGUGGGACUCCCUGCGUUUUGGAGAAUACGGAGAGCCAGUGCAGUGCACAGCAUGGUUGGGCCAGUGUAUCCUCUACAUCCUCAUUAUGAUGUUUGAAAAAGUCCUCAUCAUGCUGGUCCUCCUCAUUCCCCAGUGGAAGAAGUUGUGUAUGUCGCAGCUGGCUCUCCUCAACCCCAUAGAGAAUCCCGACCUGGAACUGGCCAUCGUCAUGCUCAUCGUUCCGUUCUUCGUCAACGCCCUCAUGUUCUGGGUGGUGGAUAAUUUCCUAAUGAAGAAGCACAAGACAAAAGCAAAGCUGGAGGAGAGAGAGGAGGACUCACGGGGGAACAGCAAGGUGCGCUACAGAAGAGCCCUGUCCCAUGAUGACUCAGAGUCAGAGAUCCUUUUCUCAGCAGACGAUGAAAUGGAUGAGUCGGAUGAGGAUGACGUUCGACGGCUCACUGGCCUGAAAACGGUGAAGAAGAAGAAGCUUCGCAUGGGGAUCCCUGUUUGACCUGCGUGCCUAGCUAAACUGCUACGAUCAAAUUUCCUCCGGUAGCUGUUCACCUCACGGGCUCACAUAUACUUUCCCAAUACCUCCACAGAUUCUGUAUCAGCCUUAGGAGCUGACACCAUCCAUUAUAGGACGCCCUUUGAUGACAGAAGAAUAUACUGUAAUUGAAUUCCCUUUAUUGUUGACUUCUGGAGGACUUCUGCGUAAGCUGUCUAACCUGGGAUUUCAAUUAACACACUGGGAGAUGUUGCUUCGAUUGGCCAGGUACUUCGGAUCACUGUUGCAUUUCGACAUGACACUCCUGGGGCGAGUGUUGUGUUUAAAGACACUGUUUGGGAAAAAGAAUCCCACCAUAAACAUACAUAAUAUUGUUAAAUACUUUAUGCACGUAUAUUAGGAAAACAUUAACACUGGGUUAAUACUGUUUGGACUUCUGUGGCAGCUUGUAUGGGUGCAGUGGGACAAAUCUAAAUGGCCACAACAGAACCAAACAUCAUGCAGACAGAACGGUUAAAGGGGUUGGGUGCAUUUGAUAGUCUAAUAUGUGCUCUAAAGUGAUUGUAUUCCUGAUGUAGAUUACAUGUACAUUUUGUCCUUUGUUUUCUCUUGUAGAUGUACCACCAUUGGCCUGUGGUGUGUGUGUGUGUGUGUGUGUGUGUGUGUGUGUGUGUGUUUGCACAUGUGUGUAUGUGAGGGCGUGUACAGUUGGACACACCUCAAAUUUAGAGGAGCAUUACGUCAGAGUGUUUGAAUCACUGUGUUGAUGCAACUCUUAACACUUUCCAGCAGAGUUACACACUUUAUUACUGCAUAUCUUGUAUGUAAUGUUACUCGUGUCAAAGGGAACAAAGUUACGCCUGCAGCAACCUUCCAUUUUUAUCCUCUGACAGAGUCCUUUCAACUGUUAAACCUGUAGGACUGCAAGCAUAACACUGCAGCAUCCUUCUAAUAUCAGCUCAGCCGGUGUUGUCUGUCUGUAGACACAAGACCGCAGUCUCAGUUUGUCUGUGACAGUUACUGAUGUGUUCUGACUGUGUGUUCUUUGUCUUUUGAGUGUCUUUUGUGUCAUUUUAACUUGUUUUAUAUAGGAUUUGAGUGUUAUUUUCGGGCCAAAUAGGUGACUAUGCUUGUUCCAAAAGUGUUCUUUAUUCCUUCACUCCAACGGGGAGAGUAGAUAUGGGAACCAUUUCUUGCACAAUUUCCCAUUUAUCACAACUUUCAUCUUUCCUUUUAUAUUUGUGUUUUUUUUGGUGUUUUGUUACGAUAAUGUGCCUGAGUGAAAUUACCAGCAGCAGGUAUUUUGUUUGUUUUUUGUUUGUUUGAUUUACCUUUUUUUGACAGUUUUUUUCCAGAGCUCCAGAUUCAGGCAUGAAGCAGCAUUCAGCAGGCUCUGAUGUUAAGAAUGUGACAUGCAUAGACCUCUAAACUGUUAAGUGACUGUGGGCCAGACAGUCAGGAGAAAGUGUGAGAGUGUGUGAGAGUGUGUGAGAGUGUGUGAGAAUGUGUGAGAGUGUGUGAGAGUGUGUGGGAGGGUGUGGGAGGGUGUGGGAGGGUGUGUGUUGGUGUGCCAGUAUACCUGUAUGUAGCGGCGUGUUGCGUGCUCUGAGUGCAUGUGCUCCAAGUGUGCACAGUCGGUAUGACUGCUGGUCCUCUUUAAAGUAAAUGGAGAGUGGCACAAACUGUGACUGUGAUGACUAUGGUAAUGGUGAUUAUUUCAUUAUGAUGUUUUUGGCAUGUUGGCAAGGAAUAAAUGACUGUGCAUUUCAAAAGAGGAAAGUACAGCAUCUCGCAACAGUUAAGGUAACUCUCAGCUCAACCAGGACAAAGAGGGCUCUUAGUAUUAGUAUUUUGCAAAGUGAAACUACUACAGGAUUUAAAAGGCGAAUGAUGGAGGUAAAUUAUCAUUACAAAUGCUUUUACAAUAAAGGAUGAGAUACACUA